CUUCCGCAACGAUGACCACUUCCGCUCCCAUCUCGUCGCGCCAACUUCUGCCUGGCUCCGAGGCCACACUGGCAGCUGUAAAUAUCACAUCGAUGCAUUUACGUGCUUUUAAUCGAGAAAACAGCACUGACGCCGUAACUCGAGUACUUCAAUUUAUUUUACAAUUACCAAUAAAUGAAACAAUGUAUAGGUAUUUAUCUCCGCAUCACUUUGUUGGAUAUCCCAUUGGAUUGUAAAUGUGAACAUAAUUACGACCUUUUUACAGCACUUGAACGCAGCAGCAACAGGUUUUUUUACUGUAAAUCCAUGUGUAGAAUUAACGAAACAACUACUUUUGUAGACCUGUUUUUGAUGCCAAGUUAACUUCAUAUUUGCAUAUUACAUAAACCAAGCCAUUUGAUUAACGUAAGUAUGGUAAAUGUGCAUAUUGUAUGAAGUCGAAUAUGGCGCGGUUUGAGAUUGUUUUCCACCUUGGGAAGGUUAGUGUGCAAUAGCUUCUUUCAUUCUCUAAAAGUGGAAUGAGGCUUGGUAAGCAUGGAAUAAGGUAUAUUUAUAUUAUAUAAGAACAUGUAUAGUUGUGAUAUCGCCCUCUGCUGGUAGACUUAAAUUACUACUCCUGUCGCACAGUUAUGACGUAGUUCACGCGCAUUUUUCCAGCAUGGUGACCUCUUUGGACUGUAAAUACAGCUGGGCUCAGGAGAAAUGAAGACGAACGAAUUGUUAGUUGUUACGCAUUUAAUGGAGUGAGUGAAAUUUCAGCCAGGUUUGCCGUUAUACUCACUUUGAAAAGAACGGUAUGUAAUAUAACACUUCGCAGUAUUUAUUUUGUAUACUACAGCUGCCAUUUCCAGGGGUUCAUCUGCUUUGAAUUCACACAGCCUUAAAGACAUAGCCUUUACUUUUAGUUUAUAUAUUAUGCUAUAAAGUUAUGGCUGUUGCUGGACUUGUGUUUAUGCACAGACUGGUGAGAAUUAGCACCUUCAGUCAAAAACAUCUCAGUAACAGGGACAUACUUGUAAAACUCCAUAAAUGUAGGAGGGAGAUAAGAACUUUUUCAAAUGGUUUUGUGAAAUGUAACGAGAAUGAGGGAGACUCUUCCCGUCACUCUUCAUCCCUGAGCACCCAGCCGACCUCCCGGCAAGCACUGCCGUCCAGAAGGAGGCGACCCCUGUCCCCCCUGGAGAGGAUCAGUGGCUUGCUGCCCCAGGAUGCCCUGAGCCCGGAGGUGAUGCAGCUGAGGGAGAAGAACCAGCAAGACCGUGACGAAGACGCAAACAUCCAGGUAUCGGUCACACACUCCACGCAAGAGGAAAGUGGAUGUGAGGCACUCCUUAACGAGGAUGAUUUAGAGACCCAUCAUGCAUCAGAUGCAGCCACUACUCAGUUGAACGGAGCAUUUCAUGAGGCAAAAAGGUUGACAUCGCCCACUCUUCCUGGGGAGAGCUUGCUUGCGUUCGGGGAGCUGCUCGUUGCUGAGUAUCGUAAGAAAGGGCGGGUGGAGUUCAGGAAGAUGUUCCAGCUUCAGACAGGGACACGUCUGCAGAGCAGCUGGGGGAUCGUCCCGCAUGACGACAUAGCCGGGCAGCCCGCAGGUCGCUUCCUGCUGACAAACAGGGGGGUUCCCAUCCUCAUACGUAGGGCCAGUCUGGAGGAUUACGUGCUGUAUAUGAAGAGGGGGCCAGCCAUCGCCUACCCUAAGGAUGCAGGUGCCAUGCUAAUGAUGAUGGACGUCACAGAGGGAGACUGCGUGUUGGAGUCAGGCUCUGGCUCUGGGGCCAUGUCUCUGUUCCUGUCCAGAGCAGUAUGUCUUAUUUUAAAUAUGGGUGGCUCCCCAGUUGGCUCUAAGGGCAGCGUGCUGAGUGUGGAGGUCAGGGAGGACCACCACAGGAGAGCUGUGCUGAACUACAAGCGCUGGAGGACAUCGUGGAGUCUGCGACGAGGGGAGGAGUGGCCCGACAACGUCCAAUUUCACAACGCUGACCUCUGCGAGGCUUCCUCGCUCCUGGCUGGUCAGGGAUUCCAUGCGGUUGCUCUGGACCUGAUAAACCCUCACCUGGUUUUACCCACCGUGAUUCCACAUCUGCACCCUGGAGCUGUAUGUGCUGUCUACCUCGCCAAUAUAACACAGGUCAUUGACCUGCUGGACGGGCUUCGAUGUUCGGCGCUCCCGUUGCUCUGUGAACGCAUCAUCGAGGUUCCAAUCCGAGAUUGGUUGGUGGCUCCGGCCCUCCAGAAAGACGGGAGGUACUGCACCAGGAAAGCUCCAAGCCUGGAUGAAGACCAGAGGGAGGAGGAGGAGGAGACGACGACGACGGAUGAGACUGACAAAGAGGAGCACCCAGCCUUCGGGAGCAUUCCCUACAUUGCCAGACCUCAUCCUGAACAAAUGAGCCACACAGCAUUCCUGGUGAAACUGAGGAAGUGUGCGCAGUAGCCGUUCUGCCUGUAAGGAAUCUUGGACAAAAACUAUUGUUACAUAGCAACCAAAUGAUCUCCUUACUGUAAAUAACUUAAAAAAUAAAUGGUCAAAAUGUUCA